AUGUCACGACGUCACAUGUAAACCCGAGCGAAGAUGGCGACCGCCGAGGGAGAGUCUUCUGUGCAUAGUGUGUCGGAUGAAUUAUUUCAAAAUUUUUACACUGAGGUGAAGCAGAUCGAGAAGCGAGACUCUGUGUUAACCUCCAAGCAGCAGAUUGACAGACUGCUCAGACCUGGCGCAUCAUACUUCAAUCUCAACCCUUUUGAGGUUCUGCAAAUUGAUCCAGAGGCAACAGAUGAUGAACUGAAGAAAAGGUUUCGGGCGUUGUCCAUUUUGGUCCAUCCAGACAAAAAUCAGGGCGAUCCAGACAGAGCACAGAAAGCGUUCGAAGCUGUGGACAAGGCAUACAAACUCUUACUGGAUCCAGAGCAGAAGAAGAGAGCCUUAGAUGUGAUUCAUGCAGGAAAGGAAUAUGUGGAGCAUAUGGUAAAAGAGAAAAGGAAACAGUUGAAGAAAGAAGGGAAACCACUGGAUGUAGAGGAAGAUGAUCCCGAAAUGUUCAAGCAAGCAGUGUACAAACAGACCAUGAAGCUGUUUGCAGAGCUGGAAAUCAAGAGAAAGGAGAGGGAAGCAAAGGAAAUGCAUGAAAGGAAAAGGGCGAGAGAAGAAGAAAUCGAGGCAGCAGAGAACGCUAAGCGGCAGCGAGAGUGGCAGAAAAACUUUGAGGAAACAAGAGAUGGGCGUGUGGACAGCUGGAGGAACUUCCAGGCCAAAGGAAAAAGCAAAGAGAAGAAGAACAGGUCCUUCCUAAAGCCCCCUAAAGUCAAAAUGGAACAGAGGGAAUGAUGUAAAACUGGACUUCACUCAAUUAAAAUCCACUGUUUAAAUGAAAGAAACACUUCUGUGUAUCCUCUCCUUGUUGUCUGCGGUCAUCUGUGUAAUCAUCAUCAUCACAGCCAUCAGCAUUGUGUCGUAGGACAACAUCCCGACCCCGACAGCUGUAGUUUUGUACUUGGCUUUUCUAAUGUACAUAUUUAUGAUGUGGAGCUGGAGAUCAUACCUGCCCCGGUUAAUAAAGAAAUGAUGCAUCUUCCAUUCGUGUGACAGAGGGUGGAAGCAUGGUUUGCUGUCAUUUGCUUUCUUGU